AUGGCUCAUUCUCCAGCCUCCACCGCCUCUCCACUCCAACGCCUCUCCACCUUCAAAGCCACAACCACCACCCCCUCCGCCGCGUCCCCACUCGAAACCUUCGCCGCCGAUCCCAUUUUCUCGGCCUUCCUCUCCCCCUCCUUCUCCUCCACCUCCUUCUCCUCCGCCGCACUCUCCUCCGGCUCCCCCGCCUCCACCGCCGAGAAGCUCCAGCACGCCAUCCGCCUCCUCGAGUCCCAGCUCCGCUCCGAGGUCCUCUCCCGCCACUCCGACCUCCUCUCCCAGCUCUCCUCCCUCCAGCACGCCGACCACGCCCUCUCCACCGUCCGAUCCUCCGUCCACUCCCUCCAGUCCUCCCUCCGCCACACCCGAUCCGAGCUCUCCGACCCCCUCCGCUCCAUCACCGCCCUCACUCUCCAGCUCUCCAACCUCCACGCCACCUCCGAGCUCCUCCACCACACCCUCCGCACCCUCCGCCUCUCCAAAAAGCUCCGCGACCUCGCCGCCGACCCGGAGAAGAUCGAUCUCGCCAAGGCCGCGCAGCUGCAUUGCGAGAUCUUGGCGAUCUACGACGAGUACGACCUCGCCGGCAUCGAUGUCGUCGAGGAGGAGCUCGCCUGGGUCAGGGAGACCGGCGACACCUUGCGCGGCGAGGCCAUGAAGGCCUUGGAGCUAGGGAUGGAGGGAUUGAACCAAGGGGAGGUGGCGAUCGGGUUGCAGGUGUUUUACAAUCUAGGAGAGCUGAAGCAAGCUAUGGAGCAGUUGAUUGGCAAGUAUAAAGGUUUGGGAGUGAAGAGUAUCAGUGUGGCAUUGGAUAUGAAGGCCAUUUCGGGGUCGGUGGGCAGCGGGUUUGGCCCUGGAGGUAUUAGAGGGAGUGGGACGCCACAGAUUGGCGGCGGAGCUAAGGCCAGGGAUGGACUUUGGCAGAGAAUGGGGACGUGUAUGGAUCAGUUGCAUUCCAUCAUGGUGGCUGUGUGGCAUUUGCAGAAGGUGUUGUCUAAGAAACGGGAUCCUUUUACGCAUGUGUUGCUGCUUGAUGAAGUUAUUAAGGAAGGGGAGCCUAUGAUAACAGAUAGAGUGUGGGAGGCCCUUGUGAAGGCUUUUGCCAACCAAAUGAAGUCAGCCUUUUCUGCAUCAACUUUUGUGAAAGAGAUAUUCACCAUGGGGUAUCCAAAGCUUUUUGCCAUGAUAGAUAACCUUCUUGAAAGAAUUUCACGUGACACAGAUGUGAAAGGGGUUCUACCAGCUAUUACUUCAGAGGGAAAAGAACAACUGGUUGCAGCUAUUGAAAUUUUCCAGACUUCAUUCUUGGCUCUCUGCCAUAGUCGUCUGUCAGAUCUUGUGAAUAAUGUAUUUCCUGUAUCCAGCCGUGGGAGUGUUCCCUCUAAAGACCAUAUAUCAAGAAUCAUUUCACGGAUUCAGGAAGAAAUAGAGUCUGUUCAGUUGGAUGCGCGCCUGACUCUUCUUGUAUUGCGUGAGAUUGGCAAGGUUCUUCUACUACUUGCUGAACGAGCUGAAUUCCAGAUAUCAGCUGGUCCCGAAUCACGGCAAGUCAAUGGUCCUGCAACUCCUGCCCAACUCAAGAACUUCGUGCUAUGUCAGCAUCUCCAAGAAAUUCAUACACGCAUAUCGUCAAUGAUUAGUGGACUGCCCACUAUUGCCUCAGAUGUGCUGUCUCCGGCAUUAGGUGCAAUAUAUGGGGUUGCUUGUGAUUCAGUGACAACCUUGUUCCAAGCCAUGCUUGAUCGUCUUGAAUCUUGCAUCUUGCAAAUUCAUGAACAGAAGUUUGGUGUGCUAGGCAUGGAUGCUGCUAUGGAUAACAAUGCAUCACCUUACAUGGAGGAGUUGCAGAAGUGCAUUCUUCACUUCCGGAGUGAGUUCCUAUCCAGGCUGUUGCCUUCAAAAACUGCAACAGUGGGAGUAGAGACCAUAUGCACUAGACUUGUUAGGAGCAUGGCUGCACGUGUUUUAAUAUUUUUUAUCAGGCACGCUUCUCUUGUCAGACCCCUUUCAGAAUCAGGGAAGCUAAGGAUGGCUAGGGACAUGGCUGAGCUGGAAUUAGCUGUAGGCCAGAAUUUGUUUCCAGUAGAGCAACUUGGUGCACCAUAUAGAGCUCUUCGAGCAUUUCGGCCUCUCAUUUUCUUGGACACAUCCCAACUAGGAGCUUCUCCACUUCUUCAAGAUCUACCACCAAGUGUCAUACUUCACCAUCUAUACUCCCGAGGUCCCGAUGAAUUGCAAUCACCACUGCAAAGGAACAAACUAACACCUCUGCAGUACUCCUUGUGGCUAGAUUCUCAAGGAGAGGACCAGGUUUGGAAGGGUAUUAAGGCAACACUAGAUGACUAUGCUACACAUGUAAGGGCCAGAGGAGACAAAGAGUUUAGCCCUGUGUAUCCUCUAAUGCUUCGAUUGGGGUCAUUGUUGACAGAAAAUGCUCCUGAAACCCAAAAGCCUUGAUGUUUGUGCUCUUCCUGUAAGGUACUCACUUGAGAAGCAGGUAUUAGUCAAGUUGGUUUUUGAGGAAGAUGUCAAAGAUGGGAUAAUUGCAGAUACAUCAUAAAGAAUUAUACCACUUCCAUCAGGCAACUGUGAGGUACACAAGUUCUCUUUACUACUUGCGCUGCAUCAUCUUUCAGCCGAUCAUUUUGUUGUUCUUCAGGUUUUAGGUCUAUACUGAUAGGUAAAUUGUGAGGGCUUAAUAGCUAUUGAAUUCUGCUUGACAGCAUGCAGACUCCAGUUAAUUAAAAAUUCAUUGUAACUUUCCUUUUUGUAUCUAUUCUUUCUCUUCCUCACCCUUUUUGUGGUGAUUUAUCCUCCAUAUCAUGUAAAUUUGAUUUGCAUAUAGUCGAAUGUAAUGUUGCAUUUGGUGCUC